CCAGGAGACAUAGUCUUCCCAACGUGUCCUGGGUCUUCCCCGUGGCCUCCUACCGGUCGGACGUGCCAUAAACACCUCCCCAGGGAGGCGUUCGGGUGGCAUCCUGACCAGAUGCCUGAACCACCUCAUCUGGCUCCUCUCCAUGUGGAGGAGCAGCGGCUUUACUUUGAGUUCCUCCCGGAUGGCAGAGCUUCUCACCCUAUCUUUAAGGGAGAGACCCAAACUCAUUUGGGCCGCUUGUACCCGUGAUCGUAUCCUUUUGGUCAUAACCCAGUAAUUGUAGUCUGCAAAUGAUGUGUUGUUGUGGAGUGUCGGUGCUGUCCAGAGGUCUGCAGAGUAACUCUGUAAUACUCUUCAAUACCAGUAGGUGGCAGCAGGUAGCUAAUUGUUAUGGCGGAUCAGCAGCGCAGAGAUGUCCCCAGCCGAUACACAGGCAAGCAGUACAUGGCCACCGGAUCGGACCGGACCCCCUCCACAAGGGAGAGUGGGACAUAGGAGAAAAAGAAAAGAAACGGCAGAUCAACUGGUCUAAAAAGGGAGUUUAUUUAAAGGCUAGAGUAUACAAAUGAGUUUUACCUGCACAUUGUUCCGCUUGGGAUGGUUUCCUGCUGGCUCCACUGUGGCCGAGACUCUCGCUGCUGUGUUGGAUCCGCUUUGGACUGGACUCUCGCGACUGUGUUGGAUCCAAUAUGGAUUGAACUUUCACAGUAUCAUGUUAGACCCGCUCGACAUCCAUUGCUUUCCUCCUCUCCAAGGUUCUCAUAGUCAUCAUUGCCACCGACGUCCCACUGGGUGUGAGUUUUCCUUGCCCUUAUGUGGGCCUACCGAGGAUGUGGUAGAGGUUUGUGUUGUGGUUUGUGCAGCCCUUUGAGACACUAGUGAUUUAGGGCUAUAUAAGUAAACAUUGAUUGAUUGAUUGAUUAAACCAAAAGUAAACAACUGGCAAGUGCUGCUAAGAAAAGGCAUUGAAGUUUAGGGAAGGCUAUGCAAAAUUAAACUUAAACUGAACUAGCUACAAAGUAAACAAAAACAGAAUGCUGGACGACCACAAAGACUUACUGCGCGUGGAGCAGAUGGCGUCCACAAAGUACAUCCGUACAUGACACGGCAAUCAACAAUGUCCCCACAAAGAAGUACGGCGUCUGCACAACUUAAAUAGUUUUGAUUGCCGAAACAAAGCAGGUGCGUGGAACAGCGUUCAAGGACGACAGGAAAAUAGCAACAAAACAGGAAAGGCCACCGAAAUAGGAGCGCAAGACAAGAAGUAAAAAAACGACAAACAGAAAAAACGUUGAAAACCUCCGAAUAAGUCAGGGUGGUGACAGUACUUCUACUUUGAGACAAGAGCUAUAGUGAAGCAUGCGACAAUGACUUUUUAUUAUCAAUAUCUAUCGGCUGCUGAGUUUCAUUUUUCAGAAAUUUCUGCUUGUUUUGUGCCUCGGGAUUUUUUCAAUUAGGAAAAUGUGCCUUGGCUCAAAAAAAGGUUGAAAAACACUGGUCUAGGGGGCACACCACACGGUUGCUAUGACAACUGCGACCCCGUCUUCAUUUCAGUCUUUGACCACAUCAUCACUCCACGUUCAGUUUUCUAAGGGAGUUUUAGUUUGAAUAUACUUGAUAUCAUAGAUUCAUCAUGCAGCUUAGUUUCCAGGAAAAGGCUUUAGCUACGUUUGAUGUUCAUAUUAUUGCUUCCAAAAAGAGAAAGAGUUGAAGUUAGCGUGCUGACAACAUGUGAUGACUUGUAUGCACGCUGCUGGCUACUUCUGCUUGUAGAAUAAAUGAAGUGUGUUAUUCCAACAUCUCACAUUGGCUGCUUGAGCGCACAAACCUCACAUUUGAAUUGAAGAGAAGUUUGGUUCAAGGACGCUCCUUUUGUGUGUUUUCCAGACGGUGAUGUUGUGUGUCUUUGUGUUGGACAGACAAAAGAGGGGACACUUGUUGUCCUGUGCUUUAUAUGCUGUUAGACAAAGGCAAAGCUCACAUGUUUGAUUCCCGUGACGCUGCAGUCCCAACCAGCCCGGACGAGGACACAAACUUCAUCCGGCAUCCUGCACCAGAAAAAUGUCCCGGACCUUCCUCAGGUACGCUCGCACUCAAAAAGACACUCCACAGUCAGGAGGUUUAUGAUGUCUCCUUCUCCUCCUCCUCCUCCUCUUCCUCCCCAUCCAUGUCCAUUCUCUUAAAGGGGGUGUCGCCGGACCCCCCGCCGAUGUCCAGCACCUGCAGGCUGGACAGGUGGGCAAAGGAGCUCUCGUCCACAGUGUCCACUGACAGUCGGUUGAACCUGGGACACCACCACAAGUUCAGAGUGGCCGCAUGGAGAAGCUUCUGGAAGCGCGACCACAGCACCAAAGAGGACUUCCUGCACAGGAGUGUGGUGCCCAGCAUGCACUAUCAGAAGAGUUUGCCCAGGUUAGGUAUUCCAAAGCUGGAGGACACCAUCAGGAGGUACUUGGCCGCUCAGAAGCCUCUUUUAGACGACCACCACUUCCAAACCACAGAGAAGCUGGCUCAGGACUUCCUGACUGGGGAGGGCAAGAGCCUGCAAGAAGAUCUGCUGGCUCAGGAUAAAAGCAACAAUCACACCAGCUACAUCUCCGGUCCGUGGUUCGACAUGUACCUGUCUGCACGCCAGCCGGUGGUGCUGAACUUUAACCCCUUCAUGUCCUUCAACCCCGACCCCAGGAGCGAGUACAACGAGCAGCUGGUGCGUGCCAGCAACAUGGUGUGCUCGGCCGUGCGCUUCAUGAAGACGCUGCGAGCCGGCCUGCUGGCGCCGGAGGUGUUCCAUCUCAACCCGGCCAAGAGCGACACGGAUGCCUUCAAGAGGUUGAUCCGUUGGGUGCCGCCCUCCCUGUCCUGGUACGGUGCCUACAUGGUCAACGCCUACCCGCUGGACAUGUCGCAGUACUUCCGCCUCUUCAACUCCAGUCGUAUCCCCAAGCCGGGGCGGGACCAGCUCUUCACGGACGAGGAAGGGCGCCACCUGCUGGUGAUGAGGCGAGGCCACAUGUACGUGUUUGACAUCGUGGACCGCGACGGCAAUUUGGUGGAGCCCAUCCAGAUCCAGUCCCACUUGAAGUACGUCUUGUCCGACCAGACGCCGGCGCCGGCCUACCCUCUCGGGGUGCUGACCAGCGAGAACAGAGACGUGUGGGCGGGGCUUCGAGAGAAGCUAAUAGCCGCCGGGAACGGCGAGGAUUUACGUGCGGUGGACAGCGCCGUCUUCUGUCUGUGCCUGGACGACGUGAGCCUCAGCGACCCCGUGCACGUGUCGCACAACAUGCUGCACGGCGACGGCUGCAACCGCUGGUACGACAAGUCCUUCAGCGUCAUCCUCUCCCGGGACGGGAACGCCGCCAUCAACUUUGAGCACUCGUGGGGCGACGGCGUGGCCGUGCUGCGCUUCCAGAACGAGAUCUUCAAAGACACCACCGAGAGGCCAUCGGUACACCCGGGUUCCGCCCCCGCCCCCUCCCCCGUGCGCCGCCUUGACUUCAAGCUGGACGGCGAGCUGGAGGAAGCCAUCAAGAAGGCCAAAGCCAACUUCGACUCGGCCGUGUCCGAGCUCACCAUCGAUGCCAUGCAGUUCAAGCGCGGCGGCAAGGAGCAGCUGAAGAAGAGCAAGCUGAGCCCGGACGCCAUCGCCCAGCUGGCCUUCCAGAUGGGCUUCCUGAGGCAGUACGGCCAGACGGUCGCCACCUACGAGUCCUGCAGCACGGCGGCGUUCAAACACGGGCGCACGGAGACCAUCCGUCCCGCCACCACCUUCACCAAACGAUGCUCGCACGCCUUCGUCCGCGAGGCGGGAAAGCACAGCGUGGCGGAGCUGCAGGCCAUGCUUCAACAAUGCUCUAAAUACCACGGGCAGCUCACCAAGGAGGCCGCCAUGGGUCAGGGUUUCGACCGCCACCUGUUCGCCCUGCGCUACCUGGCGGGCUCCAAAGGUCGGCCCCUGCACGGCCUGUACACCGACCCCGCCUACGCCGCCAUCAACCACAACAUCCUGUCCACCAGCACCCUCACCAGUCCCGCCGUCAACCUCGGAGGCUUCGCCCCGGUCGUGCCCGACGGCUUCGGCGUGGGCUACGGCGUCCACGACGACUGGAUAGGCUGCAACGUCAGCAGCUACCCGGCUCGGGACGUGCGGCGCUUCCUGGAGUGCGUGCACAAAUCUCUGGAGGACAUUUUCUGCAUCGUGGAAGGAAAGUCCCUCAGCUGAGGUCUGCUCCAAAACUACUUUUUUGGGGGUCACAAUGCAGUUUUGGACUUGAGACGGUUUCAUCGGGUGUGAACGAGUGAAACAUAAUGUGAAAGUCUUGUGAGGUCAUGAUCACAUGACGUCUCAUCACUGGAAGCUUUUCUCCUUUUCCAGCCUGAAUCACGUCUUUGAAUGUGCAAAUAUUUACAAAAGCUUUUUAUGAAUAAAUGUGUGGUGCAAUCCAAAUCAAGUAACUAUCUGCUGAAUAAAAUCAUGAUUACAUGA